AUUAACAACGUUCUUCGUCGACCUACUAGAACAUCCUACGUUCUCCCCCUUCUCGAGGAAGCGGAACAACUUCUUUCUAAUUAUGCAGUUUUAUCCCCAGAUCGGUUAUUCUUUCAAAAAUAUACUUCAAUCGGAGAUUAGUAUCUCGAUAGUGGAAGAUUGUUUAAGUAAAUGUUAUUGGUUCACAAGGUUCAAUUUUAAUCAGAAUUUUUCAUUAAUUAUUCAAUUCCUGAAGAAUGUAAUUAGUACUGGCAGGUAUGAGGUUUAUUCUUUUAUAUUCACAAGGUUAAUCUUCGUGGAAGCAAGAUGGUGAUGAGUACGAAUGGUUUCUCUUAUUUGUAAUUAGGAGUUUUCGUUAAUUAUGAAAUUCCAGGGGAAAGUUAGUAUUGGCAGGUUUGAGGUUGGUUAUUUUAUAUUUACAGGGUUCUUUAAUUGUCCUGUUUGUGAACGAACCACUAAGAUAAUAUAACUUCUUCUUCUUCCAAGUAGGAUUAUUAAUUAGUAUCAAUUAAUAUCAAUAAAUUCACAAGAUUUUUUAGUGUUUCCUUAAUCUGUCUUUUUGCUUCUGUAUCAAUAGUCACCCCUCUGAUGAAAUGUACAUACCAAUUUAAUUUCAGAUUUAUUUUUAAUAUUCACAGUAUUUUUUAAUAGUACUUCUUGUAAAGAAUCCACAAGAUCAAUUGGUUCCUUUCCUUCUUAAUCAAAAUUUUCUUCGUCAAGCGAUAAUUAUUCACUUUGAACUUCUUCAAUAUCCCGCUGAUGUCAUUUACAAAUCAAUUAAUCUUCAUAAAAUCAGAUCGAUGUUUCAGUAAUGAUAGAUUUUGUUCAAAGAUACCUUCGAUUAUCCAGAAUAUUAGAACCUGAGGAACAGUUCUUCCAGUCACCACAUUUAGGUUCACUUCAACACAAUACCGACGACACUGUCCGAGAAACUAAUCCAGAUGAUCUUCCUUCAAGCUCCUCUUCGAUCUUUCAAAAUCCUCUUGAAAAUCGAAGGCUUCUUAUCCUCGGUUCUCCAAAUUUCUUUCAACUUCCCAUUCACAAUCAAAGUCUUUCUUCCUCGGUGUCUUUUCCAAUCAACGAUUAACGAAAUACUCUUCCAGGUAAAACGACGAAAUAUCUGAGAAAUAAAGAUGGAAGGAAAAAACUAACUUCUAUUCUUCCUACGGAAGAUGAUCGAGGAUAACGGUCACGUGGAGGUUGCUGAACGAUCGACGAGGGUUCAAGUAGGAGAAGCCGAAGAGGAACACGGUUAAUCACGAUCAAAUGCUAACCACACUUUUCAUCGGUCUAUGUAUUGGAUCUUCUAAUGGUUUUCGUGGACCACAUCAUCCGCGAAGCGACAUUUCUCAUCAUCAUUAUUCUCCCCAGAAAAACAUUAAAAUAACGCAGGAUGCAAAUUUACUUCAGGAUGCUACCCAUUUGAAAGAAGACAUGGGAUCCAUGGCAGAUCAAUUAGAUUUUUCAAACAUGACUGAACAAGAAAUAGAAUUCCACUAUUUUAAAGUGCACGACGUCGAUAAUAAUGCCAAGUUGGAUGGAUUAGAAAUCCUCCAUGCAAUCCAACAUACAUUUCACGAAAAUAAAGUGACCAAUAAUAAAGGUGAAGGCUUCAGCGAGGAGACGAAAAGCGCGGAUUGCGAAGAUGAUUUGCCUUGGAUAGUAGAACUGAUAGACAAGGUACUAAAGGAGGAUGAUGUAGAUAAUGAUGGGUACCUUGGAUAUGUUGAAUAUGUACUUGGAAGACAAAGAGACCAUAUUUCUCAGGCAAAAAGAAAUGACAAAGUGAAAAUUGAAAACUGAAAAGUUUUUAAUAAAUGGUAUAUAUUGGUAAGGGACAUGCCUAAAACACAUUCAAAGCAGUAUUUUUUAAUUUUCUUUAUUCAACUUAUUUCUAACUGUUCUAAAAUAUACGAACAAUAUAAAUUUUAAUAUAAUUUUAAUCGGUAAGAUAAAACGAUUUUAUUUUUUAUCUACCUGUAGCGCAAAAUAUCUAUUGUAUGUUUGUAUAUAAAUCAAAUAAUACUGUGUACAUAAUUUCAUACAUUUUCAAUUGACAGAGUGACUCGUAAAUUAAUUAUGAAUUUCAAAUUCAUAUUUGAAUAAUGACCUAAAUAUAUUUUCACCACUCAAACUAAUACAAACUUUGUACACCUAAAAUGCGCUUCAUAUAUAUAUAUUAAUAAAGGAAAUUUACUAAUG